AUGUGGCCCGUCUUCCUCCUGCUUCUGUGGCUGGGCCCUGUGAUUCCAAAACAAAAGACAGGCAGUUGCUCCCAGCCCCAGCCUCUCUGCUGCCCGGGAACAGAUCACCACUGCCAGAGAGGAAGCUGCUAUUGCGAUGAGUUCUGCCGUGUGCUCUCAGACUGCUGUCCAGACCACAGGGCCCUCUGCAACCCGGAUGACCUGCAUGCAGGCUCACUUCCACCCGUGGCACAGCAGGCUGCUGUCGCCGACAGAGCCGGCCACACUCGCAAGGUGGUGCUGCAGAUGGUGCUGAGGAUGCGGAGCACAAACGACUCAGCCAAUAGCAAUCAAGAUUGGGUGCAAAGCAUGGUUCUGCAGCUCCUCCGCACCAGCCUCCCCAGAAGGCCACUCUCAGUCACUGUGAAGGGGAUCUGGAAGGGGCCCUGA